CCCGGUCUGCCAUCCGCUCGUUUCUUGGAAAGUGCGUCAGGGAGCAGCUGAGAGGGGCUUGACAUUUCAAACGUCUGGCGGCAGGCUGCAAAGUUUCCACCCUGAAAACACUGUCAUGCAGCAGCGGCAGCAGCAGCAGCAGAGAGGAGAAGGACACAUCACCUCACGGUCAUAGAUGUCCUCUCAGCUGGAAGGAGGCCUGCAGCAGGAGACCACGGCAACAUCCGAAGAGCUGAAAUCCGAACAAGCUGUUGACGUGACGAGUCCUGACGGAUGCGCGGGGCAGCGCGGCUGCAUCCCCGGGGACGGAGGGCAGGAUAAAGCGGCCCUGUCCCCAGAGGUCCAGCAGCUGCAGAAGCCGCGCAAGAUGACCCGGAGCCCUAAGUGCGCCCGCUGUCGGAACCACGGCGUCGUGUCGUGUCUGAAGGGCCACAAACGUUUCUGCCGCUGGAGGGACUGUCGCUGCGCCUGCUGCUUGCUGGUGGUGGAGCGGCAGCGCGUCAUGGCGGCGCAGGUCGCGCUGAGGCGGCAGCAGGCGGCGGAGGUGAGGAGAGCACAAGGCCAGGGUAAGAGGGGGGUCAGGUGUGCGGCUCCGCUGCGGAGGACGGCGUAUCAGCGUUACAGCCGAGCAGCCGAGCCGAGCCUCCUGACCAAGAGCAUACUGCAGGGUCUGAAACCGGUGGUGCCUCUGGAGGAAGACGCCUCCUGCUGGUCCAAGCAGGCGCAGCGGGAUCGUGCACACUUCACGUGCCCGUCCAUCAGCGCCCGGAUGAGGAAGAGACGAGCCUUCGCGGACAAGGAGCUGGAGAACGUGAUGCUGGAGCGAGAGCUGAGGCAGAGGGAGCUGCAGAGUGAACUUUCCUUCUCGUCCUCGGUCCUCGUCCCCGUGAUUCACCCGCCGCCGCUGCCCGUCUCCCCCGGCCUCCACUGCUGUGCUCUCGACAAGGACCCAGCUGCUGCGGGGACAUCGGGCUACAUCUACAAAUACAAGCCUCCGCUGUAUGAGUGCGACUUCCAGUUCUGUCACUUCUUCCACCUGAGGAGCAGAGCUCCCGCAGAAGGUGACUUUAAUGACUUCUUAUGCAGAAGCACAGAGGGAGCCAGGCGGGAAGAGGAGGUGCAGAACGGAUGGAGAGUCUCUGAGAAGAAAGACCGAGCAGAGCUGAUGUGUCCACCGUCACAACAGGGACUCAGAAAUCAUGGCAACACAAGUCUGCCGCGUCUAGAACUUGUCAAAUCCCCCUCAGACCCACCAGAAGUAAUGGACUCAAACUGCUUGGCCAUCACACGCUCUGUUUUUAGAUCAGAUCAGAGUAUCCUGGGCGGAGCGGACGUCAGUGGAACCAGCAGGACUCAUGAUCCCAGACCCCUGGCGGCUCGUGCCGCCCAGGCAGGUCCUCGUGAAGACUCUGUCAAGAGCCCUCACGGCAGCUCAGGCAGGACUCUGGCUGUGAGGCCAUUACCCUUCUCUGUGGAGGCCCUGCUCAGGACCUGACAGGCAAAUGGAAAGAGGCGUCGAGCAGUUUGUUUAUGUGUGGACCAAGUGGAGGGAAUAAAUAUAGAAAUGGCCAGUUGCGCAGGCUUUGAAACACUUUUCGUGUAAAAGAGCUCGUUGCUAUAAAGUCGGAAGAGCUGAAAUAUUGGUGUUCUUAUAUUUCAUGUAAAUGUAUUUUACAAAAUUUUAAUAUUCAUUAACAAUAUAACAAAGAACGAUAUGUACUUCAAUUUACACUGAGCAUAUUCUGUGCAAAUAUAAACUUUAAAAAAAACGUAAUGCUUUUUUUAUUCUCCUCUGUCAGC